AUGGAAGGUGGGAGCGUGCCUGUUGCGGAGACUAUGACGUGCGGCCGUUCUGAUGCUAAGCACGCUUCCGAGAGAGGUGCCAAUCCGCAGGGUUUUCAGCUCAAUCCCGCUAUGGGGAAGGAAAAUUCACCACCGAGAGAUAGCAAAUCAAUAGGUUUCGGUACAUGUGGUGGCGGCGCAGCAACAGGCUGCCGCAAGGGGCGUAAAGCCUUGGUGCCAUGGAGAUUCCAGAUUGGGUACAAGCGGACGUGGUCAUCAUCACAGGGUUUAAACCCCAUUAUUAAUAAUGGAUCUGAUGGACCUCCUGGAACAAGAGGAUCAUCCAAGUUCGAAGAUGGUUCCAGGCAGUGCGCUCCGGCAACUGCAGGUAAACGAUCUCGUGUCCAAUUUUCUGCUGCCGCGCAAGUUCAGACGGGAUCUGCUUCUUCUGUACCCAAAGAGAAGAAGAUUACUCCAAAGAACAGAGUUACCAUCACCAGAGAAAGUGUCAUAGCUUCUCUGCACGAGUUCAGGGUGAUUUACAAAACUCUCCUGGAGGAAGAGAAGAACAAGCGUAGAGAGCAAGAAGAUGGCAUUACACAUGAUGAUCUGGGGGCUUUCCUAGUCUUCAGGGAGAGGUUCUGUGUUGAACACGGUGACAAGAGGUACGAGGGUAGCCUGCCUGGAGUUCAGGUUGGCGACGUGUUUGAUUCUAACAAGGAGUUGUUCCUAGUUGGUCUCCACCGUUCGCAGGAGUCGUGUGUUGAUUACAUCAAAAAGGGCAGGGCAUGUCUGGCCGUUAGCAUCGUGUCGUACGCGCAGCAUUCUGCCCUAAAUCACAAUCUGGAUUUCUUGCUGCAUGUUGGAUCAACGGCUGCCACCGCCGACCAGAAGAUGGAAGAUAUAUCGGCAGGUCUCGAGAAUAUCCCUAUAUCCGCCAUCAACUCCGUAUCGAAUGAGUACCCAAUGCCAUUUUCCUACAUUUCAUACAUGCAAUAUCCCAUAAACUAUCAGCUAGAGCCUCCAUCAGGCUGUGAUUGCGUUGGUGGAUGUUUGAACUCUCCAAAGUGUGCAUGUGCUGUGAAAAAUGGAGGGAAGAUCCCCUUCAGCAAAAAUGGUAGAACCUUUGGGGAAAAACCUCUUAUUUAUGAGUGCGGGCCUUCAUGCAAGUGCCCUCCAACCUGUCACAACAGAGUGAGCCAACGUGGAAUCAAGUUUCGCCUUCAAGUCUUCAAGACGAAAUCAAUGGGAUGGGGAGUGCGAACCCUUGAUUUUAUACCCAACGGAAGCUUUGUGUGUGAAUACACAGGAGAGUUAGUGAAGGAUGAAGAUGCUGAGAAGACGGAAAAUGAUGAGUACUUGUUCAAUAUUGGUCACAACUAUUAUAAUGUAUCUCGUUGGGACAACUUAUUAAAGACUAUUCCCUCGCUUCGAAGUGGUCCUCAAGAAGGUGAAGUAAAUGACAUUGCUGUGGAUGCUCUUAAAUCCGGCAACUUUGCGAGGUUCAUCAACCAUAGCUGCAGCGGCAACCUUUUUUCACAAAAUGUGCUCUAUGACCACGACAAUAAGAGUAUGCCUCACAUCGCUCUCUUUGCUGAUGUGGAUAUUCCUCCGCUCCAACCGCUAUCAUAUGACUAUAAUUAUACCAUAGAUGGUGUCCGUGACCCCCAAGGUAACAUCAAGAAGAAGAAAUGUUUAUGUGGGUCAUCCGAGUGCAACGGAUGGUUGUACUAG